AUGCAGAACAUAGCCGAAGAUCUUUCUAAACAUAAGAAGUACCCACAACAGACUUCUAUCUUUAACAAUCCCUACAACAUUGCUAGAGGAGUUGCAACUUUUAAAAGACAUGUUAAGUCUAUUGGUUUAGGCUACAAAACACCAGCAACAGCUAUUAAUGGUACUUAUAUUGAUAAGAAAUGUCCGUUUACUAGUGAUGUAACUAUUAGAGGGACUAUCUUUAAAGGAGAGAUUGUUAGUUUAAAACAAGAACGAACAGCUGUAGUAGUUAAGAGGUACCUUCAUUACCACAAGAAGUACAUGAGAUAUGAACGUAGAAACACUCGAUUUAAUGUGCACUUAUCGCCAUGCUGGGAUGGUUUAGUUGAGGUAGGAGAUAAAGUUGUCUGUGGUGAGACUAGACCUCUUUCUAAGACUAAGCAUUUUGCUGUGAUUGACUUUGAAAAGGCUGCUUCUAAAGGGCGGUACAAGCAGCACAUUCCAUCUAAACAAUAA